UUUGAUCUGCUUUGAUCCGGUUCGAAUGUCAAUUCAGUUCAUUUUUCUUCCGUACUGAUAAAAUUCAAUGAAGCAACUGUCUCUCUCUCGACCAUAUUAUAAUCGAUCGUGUGAUGCAGUCUAAAUAUCGACCUUGUCCCGGUGCAAUACCAUACUGACCAACCCAUUGCGAAAAAAAUCUAUAAUUGCAAUUAUUCAUUUAACCCUUUUUAAUUGCUUCUAAUUUCAUUUCUAAUGUGUAAAAAAACUAAAAAAUAAAAUUGACCACCAGCCCACCAGGCUAGCGCAGGGUGAGCUGGCCGCGGAACCAAACGCGCCAUUACAGCUUAGCCAUCGCAAUCGCCACCGCCAAGAAUCCCGGCGGGCGUCCUCAACUGACUUCCCUCCUCCCCCACUACAAUCCAGCUCGGCUUCCUCCCGGCUCUCGACCUUGAUUCUCUCGCUGCCGCUCGUGGACUUCCUCGGCCGCGAUGAGCAGAUUCACCAGGCGAGUCCAAAUCGACGACCCUAAGCACGACGACGACGACGAGAGGAAUGGCCAGAACGGAGGCGGCGAGGAGGAAGGAAGCGCGGCGAAGCUGAGAUCGACGAGCAGCAACGUGAGCGACGACCAGGAGCCGUUCAUGGGGGUCAAGGUUCGACGGAAGGCGUCGCUCCACAGGGAAGUUAAAGGAGAUUACAUCGACGUGCCUUCGCAUCCUCGCCUGAUGAAGAUCUUGCAGAAACAAGGAGAUAAGCACAUAUUAUUUGCAGACAAAGUUUUGAAAUUCACUGCUUCAGGGAAGAUGAAGAGGCGGGUCCUGUUGAUAACGGAUUUCGCCAUUUACAUUCUCGAUCCGGAGAACGAUGCGCUUAAGAGGCGGAUUGCAUUGGCUGCAGUGGAGAAGCUGUGCUUGAGUGAGCUGAGUGAUAACUUCUUAGCGAUCAUUAUCCCGACGGAGUAUGAUCUACUAAUGGCCAGUACCAGAAAGACGGAAAUUGUUACUGUUUUAGUUGAACAUACCAAGAGCUCUUCGAACUAUGAGCUAGAUGUGGAGUUCUCCAAUAGCAUCGAGUAUCAGGCAGCUGCUGAUUUGACAAAGGAAGUUCAGUUCGAGGAAGUUGAGGGUGGUGUCAGAACAAGAAUCCUGAGGAAAUGAGAUUGCAAACAGUUCAUGGUCUCUCAACCCUUCAUAACUAUAGACCACCUCAGGGAAUCGCUCGGAUCAUAUCAAUGUAAAGGCAAGAAUCUGUAAUUGUUCAGAAAUCAGAAUGUCUAUGCCAACCAAGUUAGAAUAGUUUUACCGUUAUUGGUUGUUUUGCUGCAUAUAUAUACAUUAUACUUCUGAUUGUUUGUACUACUGUAACUAUGGGAAUUGGAUUGCAUUCCUUCUGUUUUUCCUAUUGAUUUUGCAUGUCCACGAGAACCAAGUGCCUGUAUUUCUUAGCGGCAUGUACUAUGUGAUAAGAUUGAUACUAAUUUCCAGAAUUUGCCCUAGCUGGUAUGAACUCAUGAAAGGCUCAAGUCACUGAAACUGUCAGAUCUACUCCAAGUGUUAUUCACGUAGAUUUCGGUUAUCACGUCAGUUACAUUUUAGCGCGCUAUUAUGACUUAUUAUGAUAACUCGUCAACAUCUCUUUCUCGUCAAUAUAUCGCAUUUUGGUUU